GCAGCGCAUCUGGCGCACUCAUAUAAACCACCGCGCGCACCACGCGCUCAUAAGUGAAAAUGAGACGCCACAGGACAGCGCGCAAAUCUCGCUCUAACUCUCGGGGAAAGAUGCAUCAUAACUUGGUGAGCUGGCUGGGGACUCUGGGGUUCCUGCUGUGGGCGCUGGUCUGCCUGGGCACCUUAUCGGAGGCAUACCCGGUGAAACCAGAGAACCCCGGGGAGGAUGCCCCGGCGGAGGAGCUGGCCAAGUACUACUCAGCCCUGAGACAUUACAUCAACCUCAUCACAAGACAGAGGUAUGGGAAGCGAUCCAGUCCUGAGAUUCUGGAUACACUGGUCUCAGAGCUGCUGCUGAAGGAGAGUUCAGACACGCUUCCACAGUCAAGAUAUGACCCAUCACUGUGGUGAUGCUUUCAUCACUAUUGUCUCUCGCUCACUGCCGUCCCGCCAGCGCUGACAUUUUGACCUCUACACAUCCGUCACUUACCUCCUACACCAAACGAACACCAUGCCUCUGCCCCUUUUAAAUCUAUGAGCCGCCACGUAUAUAUCCAACCCCUCUUCCUUACCCAUCAGCUACACCCAACACUGCAUGAAGUACGUGCCAUAAAACUGUAAAUACUUUAUUCUGAGUCAUCAUCUGUGCAACAUGACCGUAAAGUGAAGGAGGGGUCUGCUGAUUGUAUUGCAUAUUUGUGGUAUUAAAGAUUCAUUGUUUGAA